UCCUAUAUUUGAGACUAGAGAGGGCUAGGCACAAUUUCCUGACUGAACAAAGCAGCCUAAUAAGAGCGACUCCAGACUGUCCUAGAGACUAGAGAGACCGCAGCAAGGAUGACGGUCCGGACGGACUGAUAUCCUUUCAUCUCCCAUCCUCCCAGCAUGAUGCAAAUAAGAGGCUUAUAGGAAACUUGACCUUCUGCCAAGAAACACCUUCUCUCCACUGCCCUCAAGAAGGCAGCUGAUCCCACGUGCCAGGACGAUGGAGCCAAGCUUGCUGAUGUGGGGAAUCUCUACCUUCAUCACAGUAUCUGGCCACAUGACAGGCCUCUUUUUCUCUGCAGACCUUUGUGAUGACAACCCGCCGAGCCUCAAGCACGCCGCGUACAAAGCCCUCGAGUACAGGACCGGCACGAUGCUAAAUUGUGGAUGUGAGAGAGGCUUCCGCAGGCUAAACAGCGUCAUGCGUUGUGCAGGAAACUCUAGCCACGCUUCCUGGGAAAACAAAUGCCAGUGCGUCAGCACAUCCUCCAAGAGAACAGAAAGACAAGUGACUCCCAAACCCGAGGAAGAGAAGGCAAUGCAGAGCCUAACGCUGCCCGGGGACCAAGGGAACCUUCCAGGUCACUGCAGGGAGCCUCCUUCCUGGGACCACGAAGAUUCAGAGAGAAUCUACCACUUUGUGGUGGGGCAGACGGUUCACUACCAGUGCGCGCCGGGAUUCAGGGCCCUGCGGAGAGGUUCUGCCGAGAGCGUCUGCAAAACUGUCUCAGGGAAGACCCAGUGGACGCGGCCCCAGCUCAAGUGCAUAAGUGACAGGGAGGACGGUCAGUUCCCAGCAGAUGACGAAGAGGAGCCUGAAGCAAGCACCCUCGCGCCCCCUGGGAGAGACACUUCCCGUCCCUUGAUGACGGCAGGUACUACAGAUUCCCACAAGCACACAGAAGUGGCUACCACGAUGGAGUCCUUCCUGUUCACCUCCGAGUACCAGAUAGCAGUGGCUGGCUGCGUUCUCCUCCCGGUCAGCGUCCUCCUCCUGAGCGGGCUCACCUGGCAGCGGAGAUGGAGGAAGAGGAGAAGAACAAUCUAGAAAACUGGGAGUGGUAAGAAGCCAAGGACAGCUUACAGAAGUCGUGGAGCCCAAGCAAAUUCAAACAAGU